AUGCUCGGCCUCGACACGCAACCUGUUACUCUUGCGGAUGUUGACACUCUGAGAUCGACAAAGAGACCAUUCGGGGAGGAGGAUGGCAGCGAAGGCGGCGGCGGCGACACACCAUAUGAGUUUGGCCCCAACCGCGACCGCGACGACAACAGCUGCGAAAACGACGACGACGGCGACCUCGGCCCCAAGAAGCGCAAGGUGGAGCGCGCCAAGAAGGCAUGUCUUCCCUGUCGCUCGCGCAAGUGCAAGUGCGGCGGCAUGCCGCCGGCGCCUUGUCCCAACUGCCUGGACGACAAGAUCCAGUGCCAGUGGCCAACCGAGGAUGGACGCAGCAGCCAGGCUCGAAAGGAGCGGAGUCGCGCAAAGCGUCUAGCGUCCAUGGCGGAGCGCGGAUUGGGUCGACCACCCCCAAAGGCACAGCGUGGAGGAAGUGGGGCCUCACAAAAUGCUGCUGAAGAGUGGGACGCGGGGGCAGCGGGGCCUUCUUCGGCGCCAUGGGACCUGUCGUCGGUUGGAUGGGCGCCAUUGCCCGCGACGGUGGAGCCCACUUCGCUGUCGCUCACCAGCAACAAUGUGGACUUUGGUAACAACCCAUUCACGCUCCCGCUGGCAGGGCUGGAUGGGUUUGAUCCAGAACAGUUUAUCAUGGCCAUGAGCGCGCAACUCCCGACAGUCGAGGAAGGCAGCAGCGACGACACCAGUCCUGCACAGCUACCCCACGGUCUCCGUACUCCCAAGACGGGUGAUGGCCGCAUCGUCAAAAUCACUUGGUGGCGUCCCCACGGCCCAACAGCCAUUGCCCCUGGUCUCAAACGUCUCUCGCUCAAGGUUCGCAUCGAGAACGAGCCACGAACGUACCCUUCGCCUGCGCCAGGUCUGGUCAGCGACGACAUGUUCGGCACGGACGGCAUGCCGGUUACACCAGUGAUGCAGCACCUCCUCGAUGUGUUUUCCGAGCGGUUCGGAUGCCAGUUCCCAGCCCUUGAACGUGAAGCACUACUUCGUGACCUCGAAGCCGGGUCCGGUAGCGUGUUCCUCUUCAACUGCAUUGCCGCCAUGGCGGCGAGGUUCUCCGAGCACCCCGCGAUUGCCCUCGCGCCCCUCCAGCCGCACGAGUAUGGCAACAUCUUCCUCAAGCGUGCCAAGGACCUCCUCCCCAACAUGCUGGCGGUUCCUUCCCGCGAGACAGUGAUUGCGCUCUGUCUCCUCGGCCACAUUUGUUUCGGCAAUGAUUCUGAGCCUGAAGAGUGGAUGUACACGGGCAUGGCGGUGCGCAUGGCCAUUGACAUGGGCCUGCACCUCAAAACCGUCGACAACAUUUCUCCAGAGGAACGACGCAUGAACAGGCUCACAUUCUGGAGUGUCAUGCUACUCGACUAUGCGCUUGCCUUUGGUACUGGCCGACAGACGACCUUCCGCGUGGAGGAAAUCACGCAGGACUUGCCUACCGAGGAAGACGUCCACCCUAACGCGACAACUCCGGGUGCUCCUGGCGCUCCCUUCCCGUUUGCCGCUCGCCAAAUGUUCGCGUACGGCACUCUUAUCAACCUGCUCAACGCGCCAGUCGAGCCUCAAAUGGUCGGCGAGGUGGAACGGGAGAUUACAGCGCUCCGUGCGGCCGCCGUUGCAGAGUACAACACGCUUCCCGAGGGCAUGCAGUGGAGUGUGGCCAACCUCCAGGCUCACCGCCACGCGCACCAGGACUCAAUGUUCCUGCACAUUCAUCUCUGGAUGCACAUGCAGAUUGCAUCCGCCUACCUCACAGGCGUAGAGUACACGCGGCACCCUCGACGUUCAACGAUGCCCAGCGGACACCAGACACCCGUCUGCGGCGCCAACGUGUGGCGUAACAGUGCGCGCACCAUUGGCGACAUGCUCGUGCUUGCCGACGUGAUCAACCCGUAUGCCUACUUGGCGCUCCCGUUUGUCAACCAGGCAUUCUACGUCGCGGGCUGCUGCUACAUCAAGGAGAUUGAAAACAAGGGCGGCGACGACACCCGGGCUAAUGGCGGCACCACAAACGCCGAACGACUGAGGAACGCAAAGGACGCCCGCCAGAUCGAGCUCUUCCGCACCAUGCUCACGUCUGUGGCAACAACCUCAAUCUCAACGCUGCAACAAGGUCUAGCGCGGCAGACAACGUAUUGGUCUGGUGUCGCCUGGGUGGCCGGUACCCUUGCGCAGCGUAUCUCUGGAAUCCACGCCGACGAGCUCGACAUUACCGAAGUGCAGGAACAGCUCCAGACGUACAUUUCCAUCCCUGACGCCGGCCUCGUCCAGCGUAGGUGCCAGGAUGGGAGCGGGACGACCAGUAACAGCAAGCCCCUCCCGCAAACCUCACCGCCAAUGGAUAUCUCCCAACUGGAUCUCAUGACGCUGCGGUUCGACCUGCCCGGCAUGUCCAACGUCACCCUUCCUCCUCUGUAA